CAUUUAAAGUUUUUUCCAUUGGCUGUGGCCGGUCGAAGUGCAAUUUCAAAUCUUUUAUUUUUGUCUGUUGAUAUUACGUAGCAGUAGUUUCGUAAUUUACUUACAAGCGAUAAUCAAGUCUACUUAACUCAACUUAAAAAUGGUACCAGCCCAGGCAAUAUAUGCUGCAGUACCAAUAUCCGUGUUAAUUGCUAUCGGUUUUAUACGCAAGUGGAGGUCACGGAAAUGGGGAAAAUGCUUAACCGAUACCUGCUUGAGGGGUAAAACUUAUCUUGUUACCGGCGCAAAUAGUGGUAUAGGGCUGGAAACCGCUAAGGCUCUUGUAAGACGAAAGGCAAGAGUUAUAUUUGCCUGUCGUGACAUUGCUAAGGCAAAACAGGCAAUAAACGAUAUAAGAAAAGAACAACCCACAGGAGGAGAAAUGAUCCCAAUGCAAUUGGAUCUUUCUUCCUUUGAAUCAAUUGAGAGCUUUGUCGAAGUGAUCAAAACUGGUUUCCAUAAGAUUGAUGUACUCAUUAACAAUGCUGGAGUGGUGGUACCACUUAGCUGUGAUGAGAAAACUAAAGAAGGCUUUGAGAUACACUUGGGUGUGAAUCACUUAGGACAUUUCUAUCUAACUAAUUUAUUGUUAGAUCAAUUAAAGAGAGCUGCACCCAGCAGAGUUGUGGUGGUAUCAUCUACACUUCACGAAAGGGCACAAAUUGAUUUUAAUGAUUUGAACUUGAGAGGUGAGAUUGAGAGAGCAAAGAAGGGACAAGUGAAGGCGCGACACAACUUGGGGUAUUCCAAUUCUAAACUAAUGAAUGUCUACUUUGCGAGAGCAUUGGCUGACAAACUGCGGGAUACUGGAGUUGAUGUGUAUACUUGCUGCCCGGGAUUCUGUUACACCAAUCUGUUCAGGUUAUCAGUAAAGUGGUAUCAUUAUUUAUUAAUGUUACCAGUAGCAUUAAUGUACAUGAAGUCUGCGAAACAGGGUUCAGAGACGAUAGUAUACUGCGCGACGGACUAUGGCAUAGAAGGUCAAACUGGAAAGUUCUACCGCGACUGCGUCGAAUACGACUCGAAGUUUCCAUUCAAAAAGGAAGAGGAAAUCAAACUGUGGAACAUCAGCGAGGAACUUGUCAAAGCGAGGAAACCAUUGUAAUUGUUAUUUGAAGUAUUGUGUAAAGUUGCAGUUAGAGUACGAUGUUUGUUUAAUAUUCAAACAUGAUGGUUGGUAUACAGUGUAAUGGUCCAGAAAAUAUA